UGUGAUUAUCUUCAUGAUUACCAUUUUUUUAAUAAGUUAAAUAAAUGGGCCACUUUAGAAUAUAUCGUAUGCUCAUAACUCAUUGUUUCUUUAAUUGGGUUGCUCAAUUCCCCUUAAUUCACCCCCAUAUUUUAAUUCAUUUCAAAUUUGAAACUUAAGUCUAGUUUUUGAAAUUUAUUUAUUUUUCUUCCUAUGUCCACAUCUGUAUUUAUUAAAUUUUAUUGAUUGUGCUUAUCAAUUCUUCAAGUUUCUUCUUGUUAAUUAUUUUUGGUUUAUCUAAUUUGUUGCUUUUCCACCAAUCUGACCUUCCCAACGAAACCAAUUUUUUUAUUAUAUUAAGGAGCCUUCAAGAGGUUGUCUUGCCUUUUGCUUUGCUGUAAUCUCUCUUGCACUUGGUCAAAAUCCUUAGCCUAGUUCUUUUUUUUCUCUACCUCUAGAAACAAUUUCUCAGGAUCAUCCUCAUCUUCGCUGACAGGGCAGGAAGAAAGCUGUGGUCGAAGUGUGUUCUUCUGGGUUUCUAGUUGCAUAAGAUUGGUUGUUCUAAUUCUGACUGAAAGUCUUUUCUAAAUCUGUUGUCUUCUCCUAUUGUUUCUCCAAUCUCAGAAUAGACAUUCUGAAAGGCUGAACAAGAUUUCAUCAGUGAGCACCUAUUUCACUAAUUCUCAAGAUUGAAACUUUUUAUGAUCUGACUGAAUAAAAGGAAAACUAUGUCAUUGGUUAUAUCUACGGAGCUGAGUGAUACAACAUAUAGGAAUGCCAAGCUCUACUCGCUAAAGGGAACCAAUGUUACACCUGACUUGUCCUCCCACAAUUUUGCUCCUGAUAAGCACAGAAACAUGUACAUGACAGACUCUUACUCCAGUGAAAGCUAUGAAAAGUACUUCCUUGAUUCACCUACUGAAGAACUAAUAGAAUCAUCUAGUUCCAGCAUAUCUGGAAAUUCAAUUCACCCUGAUGGUGCUUCUUCUUACCCGCUCAGAGUUAGCUCGGGAACUUCUAUGAUUACUAAUAACCCGUUUGAUACUUCUUUCUUGUCUACAAGGCAUCGCAAUGCUUAUCAGUCCAACUUCAGUUCAGAUUUCUUGGAAAAUGGGAGCCCAGAUUGCCUUGAUUUUGAUGGUGAAAUGCGAUUGAAACUACAAGAAUUGGAGAGGGCUUUGCUUUCUGAUAAUAAUGAUGAAGAAGAGGAGGAAGAUAUAUUUGAGACUGUUCAAAGCAUGGAGAUUGAUCCUGACAUGGCUGAGUGGGUCAAUCCCAUUCAAGAUAUGCUGCUUCAUGACUCACCAAAGGAGUCUUCAUCUUCAGAUUCUUCCAAUAUUAGUAGCAUUAGUAGCACCAAAGAAAUAUCACAAAACUCGCUACGGACCCCAAAGAAAAUGCUUUAUGACUGUGCUUUAGCUCUUUCAGAAGGAAAUAAAGACAGAGCCUCAUUUAUGAUAAAUGAUCUUCGACAAAUGGUCUCAAUUCAGGGUGAUCCUUCUCAAAGAAUUGCAGCUUAUAUGGUGGAAGGACUUGCAGCUCGUGUGGCUUCAUCCGGAAAAUGUAUCUAUAAAGCUUUGAGAUGCAAGGAACCUCCUUCUUCGGAUCGCUUAGCAGCUAUGCAGAUACUAUUUGAGGUGUGCCCUUGUUUUAAAUUUGGAUUCAUUGCUGCAAAUGGCGCAAUUGCUGAGGCGGUUAGAGAUGAAAAGAAGGUUCACAUAAUAGAUUUUGACAUCAAUCAAGGAAGUCAAUACAUAACUCUAAUACAAACACUUGCUUCAAUGCCAGGUAAGCCACCUCAUGUGAGAUUAACUGGGGUUGAUGAUCCUGAGUCAGUGCAGCGAUCCGUUGGUGGCCUAAAUAUCAUUGGACAAAGACUUGAAAAGCUGGCAGAAGCACUUGGAUUGCCAUUUGAGUUUCGAGCAGUGGCAUCAAGGACCUCAAUUGUCACUCCAUCAAUGCUCAAUUGUCGUCCCGGGGAAGCACUUGUGGUGAACUUUGCAUUCCAGCUUCAUCACAUGCGAGAUGAAAGUGUAUCAACUGUCAACGAACGAGACCAGCUUCUUCGCAUGGUUAAGAGCCUGAAUCCAAAACUUGUAACGGUUGUGGAACAAGACAUGAACACAAACACCUCGCCUUUUCUCCAGAGAUUUGUUGAAACCUACAGUUACUACUCUUAUGUGUUUGACUCACUUGAUGCAACUCUCCCUAGGGAGAGCCAGGACAGGAUGAAUGUAGAAAGGCAAUGCUUGGCAAAGGACAUUGUCAACAUUGUUGCGUGUGAGGGCGAGGAUAGAAUAGAACGGUAUGAAGUUGCAGGAAAAUGGAGGGCAAGGUUGACAAUGGCUGGUUUCACUUCAUCACCAAUGAGCACAAAUGUUAGAGAAGCAAUUAGGAAACUCAUUAAGCAGUAUUGUGACAGGUUCAAGAUGAAGGAGGAAAUGGGGGGUCUUCAUUUUGGGUGGGAUGACAAAAACUUAAUUGUGGCUUCAGCAUGGAAGUGACCAAGACAAUUCUUUUGUUACUUGUGAGGCUCAUACUUGUAGUGUUAAUGUAGUAUUUGUUCGUUUGUUUAGUCUAUGUAUCUAUGUAUGUUUAAGCUUGGUUCAGACCCUGAUGUAUACUAACGUUCAAUACUAUGCUAAUACGAACUUUCAUGAUACUACUG